AUGACUAGUUAUGGAGCUAAAGAAGGCAUACAAGAGGUUGAAGCUCCUUACAUAACCGGAUACAUUUCCGCACAAGGCACCAAGGUCACAAAGGAAGUAGAAGUGCCUUACCUAACCGGAUACAGAUCCGCACAAGGCACCAAGGUCACAAAGGAAGUAGAAGCUCCUUACAUAACGGGAUACAAAUCCGCACAAGACACGAAGGUCACGAAGGAUGUAGAAUCUCCUUACAUAACCGGAUACAUUUCCGCACAAGGUACAAAGGCCACGAAGGAAGUAGAUGCUCCUUACAUAACCGGAUACAGAUCCGCACAAGGCACCAAGGUCACGAAGGAAGUAGAAGCUCCUUAUAUAACCGGAUACAUAUCCGCACAAGGCACCAAGGUCACGAAGGAAGUUGAAGCUCCUUACAUAACCGGAUACAUUUCCGCACAAGGCACAAAGGCCACGAAGGAAGUAGAUGCUCCUUACAUAACCAGAUACAGAUCCGCACAAGGCACCAAAGGUCACAAAGGAAGUAGAAGCUCCUUACAUAACCGGAUACAUUUCCGCACAAGGCACCAAGGUCACAAAGGAGGUAGAAGCGCCUUACAUAACAGGGCACAAAAGGGUACAAAAGAAGUAGAUGCACCUUACAUAACAGGAUACAUUUCUAAACAAGACACGAAGAACUGCGAACAUCGGAAGCAAGUACACCCACCUUCCCAAAAUGUGGUUUCUGGAAUGGAGUCCGAGUCUCCAAUGGGACGACAUCAUCAUCAUGAUCAUAUGCAUUCACAUUCAUCUUCUCCCAUGGAUCACACUGAGGCGCUCAAGCAAGGGUUUUUCACUUUCGAGGAUUUCUACAAAGGGAAUACACUGCCACUCAACUUUCCCAAACAAGAGCAUUCUCGUUUCUUGCCUAAAGAAACAGCCGAUUCCAUUCCAUUCUCAACAUCACAGCUCCCACACCUUCUCCAGCUCUUCUCUACCCCACGCGACUCUCGUGACGGAAAACACAUGGCUUGGACACUCGACCAGUGCGAGCUCAAACCCAUUAAGGGAGAGACUAAGUUCUGUGCUACUUCCCUAGAAUCUAUGAUGGACUUUGUUCAGCAAAUCAUUGGUUCAGGGGUGAACUUCAACAUUCUCUCUACCACCCACCCAGAAACCUCUACUGCCAUCACACAGAAGUACACUAUCUUGGAUGAGCCCAAACAAGUCUUGGCUUCAAAAAUGGUCUUUUGCCACCCCGUGCCUUAUCCUUAUGCUGUUUUCUUCUGCCACCACUUUGAGAACGACACCAAGUUCUUCAAGGUUUCACUGGGAGGCGAGAAUGGAGAUAAGGUGGAAGCUGUAGCUGUCUGUCACAUGGACACUUCUGAUUGGGACCCUGACCAUGAUUUGUUUCGGUUGUUGGGAAUCAAAGCCGGUGCUUCUUCACCAGUUUGCCAUUUUUUUCCUGCAAAUCAUCUAGUUUGGAUUCCUUCGUCACCACCAGCAGCAACCUUCUAA